CCCUCCCCUUCCAGCUUAUAGGGCCGAUAGCGGUGGCCAUUGCAUUUAAAGAGUGCCGGAAACCCUAGUGUUCAAACCCUUCAAGGCCUAAGAAAAUAAGGAGGAACAUCAGGCAACUCUGGCUACUCUUCAGAUAUAAAGAUGCCGAACUGGGGAGGUGGAGCCAAAUGCGGUGCCUGUGAAAAGACUGUGUACCAUGCUGAGGAAAUCCAGUGCAAUGGAAGGAGUUUCCACAAGACAUGCUUCCUGUGCAUGGCUUGCAGGAAAGCUCUGGACAGUACCACAGUGGCAGCGCAUGAAUCUGAAAUCUACUGCAAAACUUGUUACGGGAGAAAAUAUGGUCCCAAAGGAAUUGGCUUUGGACAAGGGGCAGGAUGUCUCAGCACUGAUACUGGUGACCAUCUGGGCUUGAAUCUGCAACAGGGCUCACCGAAGCCUGCUUGCCCUUCUACACCAACUAAUCCAUCAAAAUUUGCCAAAAUGAUGGUAGAUGUGGAUAAAUGUCCCCGUUGUGGCAAAUCUGUGUAUGCUGCAGAGAAGAUUAUGGGAGGAGGAAAACCUUGGCAUAAGACAUGCUUCCGUUGUGCUAUUUGUGGGAAGAGCUUAGAAUCCACAAACGUUACAGACAAAGACGGAGAGCUCUACUGUAAGGUUUGCUACGCAAAAAAUUUUGGUCCCAAAGGAAUCGGCUUUGGUGGGCUCACUCAAGUGGAAAAGAAGGAGUGUGAAUGAGAAGCAAAGGAUGCAACAGACUCAAGCUGCUGUUGAUGCCACCACCUGACAGCUGUCAAGUACAACAUUAAAGAUCACAUAUUGCUAAGAACCUAGGGCAUUUGUUUAAUCUUUUUCACUUUGCAGGAAAAAACUUGUGAGCUUAUAUCUUAAGAAAUUCUUAGAUUAGUUUAGGAAAGGCAAAGUAGAUGUGAUUCACUUUGAAUUUCAAAUCUCUUUUGAGUGUCUGUUUCUCUCAAAGGGAGGUAUUUCUGAAGAAAAUCAACAUUUUCUUAGAAUACAGUGUUGUAAGUUUUGUUAUUGUACGUUUACAAGCUACAAUAAAGUUCUGCUACUGCUUCA